AUGUUUCCAUCGAAACGACUCAUUGCCAAGCUUGCAAGGUUCUUUAUUGUCAGUAAAUUCUGUGUGCUCGGUAAGUCGGUGGUGAACUCCAUUCAAAAAACUCCUUCGGCGAAAAUCAUUCGCCAUUUUCUUUUUCAGAAUACAUUUUGUCCUCCGACCACACGCAUGGAACUCUAUCCGCGUCGGCGACACACAGAGUUUUACUAUGAGCCCCAACCGAUGGAGGAGUAUCAGAGUCGCGCCUGCGAGCAUCCCCAAGACAAGUUGCAGCAUAAGCCACGCAGCUCCAAGUACGAGUUGGAACCCAUAGCGGAGCAGGCGCCGAAGCUGCGUAUCAACCCGCCAAAAAACUCCGAUAUGCGCAUGUUUCGCAACAGUUAUUUCUCUUGAGGUAGUACACCGCUAUCCUUUCCAUUAACCAUCUAUACUGGAUGGUAUGAUGUGGAAUGCGUGCGUUUCGGCGAGAGGACAGCGAACGAGGAUUGUUUGUGUGGUCUGUGAUGUUUAUGGACUAAUAAAUUUUGAAAAAUAAAACAAAACGCUUUUAUAAUUA